AUGAAGUACGCCACCGAUGAUUCGUCGGCUUUCAUCAGCACCUACCAAAACAACACCUACAGCUCCUCCCUCGAAUCCCUGACCUCCACAUCGUCCGGCUCGGUUUGGUCUGCUGUAUCCUCUCAAUCAUCUACCUCGACAUCCCCCACCAACACCUCCGACUCCGAUUCCGCCGACGUAUAUUGCUUGUCGCGACCCUCAGCCGCAUGCGACACUGCUGUUAGAUUCACAAGCCCCUGGCCUAGACAACCCACUCAGCAAGCCGCUGCUGCCAUUCCCCAGGAGCUGCGACAAAACCCCAGACGAACCAGUGGGAGCGCCACCCGCUCUGGAGCACCCCCGACCCUGGUUCGCCAGGCUGAGCGCAAGGUCAACUUUGUCGACAACCUUGUUGAUUCUUCGACACAGAUCGUCGAGGCCAUCUGGCCCCUUUCCUCAGUCGUAUGUCGCAAUGAACUCGGCAACAAGGCGGUGUUGCCGCUGCGCACCUUCAUUCAGGAGACCCUGCGCCGCUCCCGCACCAGCUAUUCCACCCUUCAGGUUGCGCUGUACUACCUGAUUCUGAUUAAGCCCCACGUCCCGAAGCACGAUUUCACCAUGGAACAGCCCGACGACAAGCAGGAGUGCCGCGCACUUCAAUGCGGCCGCCGCAUGUUCCUCGCCGCUCUCAUCCUCGCCUCCAAGUACCUCCAAGAUCGUAACUACUCUGCCAGAGCCUGGAGUAAGAUUUCCGGGCUCAACACGGGGGAAAUCAACCAAAACGAGAUUGCAUUCUUGUUGGCGGUCGACUGGAAGCUGCACAUCACCGACGAAGUCUUCCAGCGCUGGACAGAAAUCGUCUUGAAGUACACCCCUCCGUCCCCUCCCGCUCCCGGAACCUCCGCCCAAUGGUAUGCGCAACAGAGCUCGAACUGGAAGAUGGUUAUCCUCAAACUCAAUCCCGAGCUGGACAACAUCGAAGGCUUGAUUCCCACGGCGCACGUCGCUCCCAGCUCCCGCACCUUGUCUCGUCACCGCACCAUGCUGCCGGCGGCGCAAGAUGUUUUGGCUACGACCGGCGCUUGUGGAUUGGGGUACGACUCAGCCGAGCUUACCCCUACCCCGAGAUCCUACCAAACCCCGAAUAUUAUGGAGCCUUCCCCGGCCACUGUAUACACUCCGGGCCGGCUGGCUCCCGCUCUCGGGUUACUUCCCACCCCGCGUCUGACGCCCCAGUCGAGCGGAUACAGCACUCCUGCCGUGGGUGCUGCAUCCCACCUCAGCAAGGGCAGCGCGAUGGGCCUCGCCAUGGCCCAGGCCUCAUGCAUCAGCGCAACCCAGUGCCUCGAUCGCUGGCCUGUUGCCAACACCUCGUCUCCUCAGGGUUACUUCCCCGUUCGUCGUUCUUCUCUCGCCACUUCAAUCUCAACCGCGUCUUCUCCCGAAUCCAUGGUUUCUGAUACGUCGCGCACCUCUCGCUCCUCCUCCAUCUCAUCUGCCUCCUCACUGGUCAACGCGCCGGCCCCUCUGGGGGUCCAGGCGCGAUUCCGGUCUGCGAAGCUGUGUAGUGAGAGGUCAAGCUUGAGACCGACUAUCGCCUCGGUUCCUGAGGACUACGAAGAGAAUUGCAUCACCUCUUCGCCUGAGUCUUACACCGGCCCGGUUGGCAGACUCUGCGAAAUGUCGUUGGAUACUCCUUUGGCUCAGAGAGAACGCGAAUUGGAUGAAUCGACGCAUGAUCCCGCUAAUGACGCCGCACGGGCACUACAGGAGCUUCAGAACUACCGUUCCGACGACUCUACUCCUACUGCCAUGUCUUCCCGUAAGCGCGCUCGAGGUGUCUCAAUCGUCGACAACUGCCUCCAGGAGAAUGUUCGGGAUAUGCUCACCGGUAACUACUCGGGCAAGCAAUGGACCCAGGAUCUGGUUCGCCCUCGCAACAGCCAGAUGGGCACAAAUGACCGUGGCACCCCUCGCAAGCGCGUCUGCUGCGCCAGCGAGGCUGCUCCGGCUUACGAGGCAUCAAUGCUUCAUUCAAUCGACGGAUACCGCGGACCGGGCAUGUGGGAGGGAAUUCUCAACUGA